AAAUAAUUGCAAAGACUUUGGCCACGGCAAAGAACCUGCAGCAAAGAAAUCUACUGCAAAUAAAUCUACUGCAAAGAAACCUAUAAUAAGGACCAUAGCAGGGACCAUAGCAAGAAUCAUAGCAAGGACUCGGCAAAGACCAUGGCAAAGAUCACAACAAGAAUCAUGGCAAGGACUACGGCAAAGAUCACAACAAGGACCACGGCAAAGCUAUAACAAAAGGCAGCAUAAUUAUAACAAUAGUGGCAACCAUAAUC